UUUUUGAAAAAUUACGAAAAAACUGUUCUUACAAAGUUGUUAAGAAACUAAUGUGUUAUGUAAAAUAGCUAGAUAAACUUGUUUUUAAAGAAGAAUUCAGCCCUCAUCUCACUGUUUUCAAAUGAUAGUAAUGCGAGAUAUAUCGUAAAGAUAAUUUCAGUGUCGGAAAUGCCGUAUAUUAUAACGCGAAUUCGCCGCUAUGUACAUUUAUGAAUUAUCUGCUAGUGUGCGCGCGCGUAGAAAGUGCAGACAAGAAAUUUCUUCGUAGAGGAAAAAUGUCAGACAUGCGCGAAGAAUAUGAGUUUCGAGUCUCAGCGUGUUUUACUUUUGAGGGAUAUUGUCGCGCGCUACAAGUACCUUUAUUACGAAUAUACGUAAUUUGGCUGCGUAAUAUUUAAGUUGUAACACCCCUGGUCCGCGGUGUCGAGACGCGUUGGUGGGAGGUAGCCACGUGAUCGAGCGCGUGUUCAACAAUAACAGCUGCACUGUUGCUGUUGCCUCAAUUCACGUUCAGCCACCGUCGAAGUCGGUUCUUUUUCAUCGAUCUUUUCCAGUGCGAAGCUACUUAACUGGUCAGAAAGGGAAACGAAAACAUCAAACGUCUUAUUAACAAAACUGAUUAAGCUAUUUGAUUCGAACUAGUAGGUUUACAUCAUAAAUUUUUGUGAAAAUCGAGUCGGUUAACGCGUCGUAAUUUCGGUCGGACAUAUAUCGAUCGAUCGAUCCGUUCGAUGAAAUCGAAUCGUGCCGCGAACCAGAUCGUGCUAUAAUCGAUAAAAUAUAUAAUCGCGUAGCCGGGUUGUGGGCCGUGGAAAUUGGAUUUUCAGCGUCUCGUUCGAAAAUAGAACGAAAUUUACGAUUUACGAGCCGGUGUUCGUGAUCGAUGUGCACCUGCAAGGAAUAGCGUGGGAUGCUGUAAGCCAAGGCGACUGCCGGCUAACAUCGCAGCUACUUGGACGUGAAACGUAUCGAUAGGGAACGAUAACCGAACGAGGAUGCUUCCUGCUAGAAGAUUAAUCGUUGCCGUGUUUGGUGUUUGCUUGUUGACCGCUCUUCUUGAGGUGAGCGAAGCCAGGCCGCACAUCAGGCAUCAGAAAGGCGGGAGCCAUUGUAGCAGAUGCGGUCCAGGCUGGGGCGCCGUGAACCAUUGCGUCCGUGGCCAUGACACCGAAUGCGGCAAAUGUGCACCAGGCACCUACAGCCCCCACCACAGCACCCAGCCCUGCUGGAUCUGUUCUAGGUGCGGUCCAGGCCUCUACGAGGCGCAUCCUUGCACUUCCAAAACGGAUACCGUCUGCGAUUCCUGUCACAGGCCUGCUCCGGAUAAUCUCGACUAUCGAAACAAGUGUAAAGGUCGAACGAAUUUGUUUCUCGCACCGGAGGACGCACUCGACACUGCGGAGCAGAGUAUCUUGGUGAACGAACCCGAUGGACAGGAUCGGUUGGUUGACGGAGACAAAGUGCUGGAGAAAGACGCAGAGGCGGCCAUUAUCAACGGAGAAUAUAAUUCUUUGGAAAGGUUCUAGGACCGGAAUCGUUUAGUAUAGUUGCUGCUACUGUGUUUCCAUUUUUAAGGAAACGCCUUCUAAAGAUAUUACCGCGUUCGGUUAAUCCGGACGAAAGAAUCGCCCAUUACCGUUAAGUUUUAGUCACCGUUGAUCCGUCAUUCUCUUCUUCCAAAAUUAGUAGACAAAAAUUCUACUCUCUAAGACUUGGCGAUCUUCUAACAUUCUGCGACAACUAUAUCUUGACGAACCGUGAAGAGGUUCACUUUCAUUUCCCGAUAUCGUUUGAAACGUUCCUACGGUUCUACAAGAUCCUGUUCGGAUGAGUAAAUCGGGAUUGGAGAUCGAGAGGAGGCUUUCUCCUGGGAUAUCGGGUUUCCUUGAAUCGUCUGGAGAAAAUUGCAAGAUCCAGCUGUGUGGAAUACCGAAUACUCUUUUAGAAAUUCAUAAGACGAAGAGAGGACGAUUAAGAAAGUUUUCGGCUUCGAAUAGAAGCGGAAGAUCGUGGAUUAAGACUCGUUAGCCCCGUCGAGUUCGUUUGCAAGCUUUAAGACUGUGGAUCAGAUUGAAGGAUUUUAAAAUCGCUGAUCGAAUUUAAAAUGUUAAUCGAUAGAAAGAUUGAAUUAUUAGAACAUAUUAUUAUUCGAAUGAUCGAUAUCUGCGCUUUAAGUUAAGUCUCGACUGGUUAACGUCUACUACUUGUCAACGCUGGUGCUCGUUUUUUUUUUUUUUUUUUCUUCAAUCUUCCUAUUACGUACCUUUUUCUUGUAUAUUUUAAUAAUAUGUAUAAAUAUUCGAGAAGGAAUUGAUCGGCUUAGAUCGAUCCCUCGUUGCUAGUCAGUUAACCACUAAGUAGUCGGUAAGAGUUGUCAUAUGGAAUCGACACGAGGUAAUAUUUGAACAGCAGUGUAUACCGUACGCGUAUGCCGUCAUAGUUCAACUCUAAACGUAAUAUAUAACGGCACGUCAUCUUCCACCGAGCGAUAUAUUGCACCUUUGAUGUCGACGGCUCGUUAAUCAUGGUACUCGGAAAGUCCAGUUCAUCGUGGCGUUCAAUCACUUUCGACAAAAUAUUUCCGAUUGUCUCGCAUGGGAUACGAUAUGAGAAUUUCGAACGGUAUGACUAGGAAGCUUGUGUUAGUUUGGAAAUGACGUCUAAUCAGUUAUGUUAGUUUGCCAAUUAAUGCUAAUAAAUACGAGAUACUUAGAUGGUACUUAGCUGUGAUUCUCUAGAGUACCUUUGAUUAAUAUUCGGCAUUUGCUUGAACCUAACGGGACAAUCGUUUGAGCACGUUCUAACUCUAGAUUCCUGUAUGAUAUAAUAUAUUAUAAGCAUAUUUAUAUGUAUAUACCCAAAGAUCUCCUUCAUAUUGUCUGCAUAUACGCAAAUUCUCUCUGCAGAAUUCUUUCGUUCCAACAAGGUAAAAAUUCUUUUUCCUCUCUUCUUUCGUAAUUAUUUAGUAAGCUGCCACCAUCUUGGAUUUCGUUGAUAUUUUUAAUAUGUUGCCUAUAAUGUUAAUACGUUGAACAACUUUUUCCUUUACAUGCAAUCGACGCUCGGUCUUAGUUUUCGUGAUAUUCGCAAUAAAGAACUGUCGGUACUACUACAGUGAAUUCUACCUAUAAUUGUGCAUCCGUGACAGCGUACGCGUUGGUAUUGGUUGCCGUAUAAAAUAACACCUAAUCCAAACCUAAUUCUUAUCUUCUGUUUAUAGCUUAUAUAGGUUUAGUGGGUUAGGUGUCGUUCUAUCCGGCAGCCGAUACCAACGUGUGUAUGCUGUCAGUUACUUACGAGUAUCGGUGCCGAUAGUUUCUUACGAAUUUCCCAAAUACUAAAAGUAACGCGCCAGUAACGCGUAAAGGAAAAAGUUGUUCGAAAUGUUGACUUCUACGAUGAGAAAAUCAUCGAAAUUCAACAUGGCGGCAGCUUUCUAAAUAAUUGCCGAAAAUUUGUAUAUCUGCAUAUUUCUAAAUUUUCGAACGGCACUGUGUGUCGAGAAUUAGUAUUCGAGAAAUUGCGAAGAUCUCUUUAGAAAAAUUCGUUAUUAUAGGACGAGCGUAUUUCGAUGUUACUCGAUAUGUAUACACGCCAUUAGAUAUCAUCCGUGUACGCAAAGCGUGUAAAUACAUUUCUGUAAAUAUAGAAACGACGACGAUACGAUUCAGUUGCUGUGUUAAAAUCUGUUACAACAAUAGAAACGAACAUUUCCGUUAUCCGCCCAAUAUUUUAUUUAUCGGACUUUUGCGAAUGUUAUAAUUAUAUUUUCUUUUUCUCCUGCGAUGAAACAAUUAAUGAAAUAAAAAAAAUACUGCAAUGUUCGAAUAUCGUGCAUGAUAUACUAAUCAAUUGUUUUUAGUUUCAACGAGGUGAAUGAUUGAAAACUCAACUCUUUUAGUGAAAUGUUCGCCGCUCGAGAUAUUUAAUAUUUAUUUAUCAGUUAUUUGUUUUAUCUUGACUAUUUUGAGAACUGCGCCCAACUGUGUAGUAGUAUCUGUAUAAAAACGAAAUGUUGCGGCAAAUUAACAUUUUCCUGUCCUGUAUAAUUCAAGGUCGAUUAUUCGUUAUUAUAUUUCGUUGCCGGGCGAUUGCAGCACGGCGAGAAGCAUGGAUUUUCGCACAAACACUGUCGGAUCUCGAUCGCGGAUGGAAAUUCACGAAAGCACCAUUAUACUUUUUAUCUGUUUUAUUUAUUUACGUCAAUGUUCAUUCCUUCGAUGGACGUAGCCGCAAGAGACACGUCUACUAUAUGGACACAAUAAAGUACAGACAUAAUACUCUA